CUGGCAUUUGCUUAUUUGAAACGAACUGUCAACGGAAUUAGCGGCAAAUGAGAACGAGCGAACAUUUCUGUGGACUUGUGUUUUUUCUGUUAAACGGCUUUUUUUAGUUGGUUUUUAUAUAUAAUUAUAAACAAACUUCUCUAUAAAAAAUAAUGGCUACAUCUCAAUCUAAUAAAAUUACAUUAAAAGGAUCCGCCCAAAUUAUUGUGGAAUAUUUGAAAUAUGGCAUUAAUUCUAUAUUAUUUCAACGUGGUAUAUAUCCCGCUGAAUCAUUUGAAAAUGCUCAACAAUAUGGAUUGACAAUAUUAAUGUCGACAGAUCCCAAAAUUCAAGAAUUUUUAGUUAAUGUGCUUCGUCAAACAGAAGAGUGGCUUGCUAAGGACCUAAUAGAAAAGAUAUCUAUGAUUAUUACAAAUGCGCACACCAAAGAAGUGCUUGAAUGUUGGGACUUCAAAAUGCAGUUGGACGCUACUAACGUAGAGUGCGAAGGUGGCGACGCAACGAAAAUUGCUUGUACUAAGGAUAUGAAGCGUAUACAAAAUGAAAUUCGAGAUGUAAUGCGUCAAAUAUCAGCUACAGUUAGCUACUUGCCUUUAAUUGAAGCAAUUUGCACUUUUGAUGUUCUUAUAUACAUAAAUAAAACCUGUGAUACGCCCGAAAAAUGGAAAGAAACCGAUGCUGCUGUUAUACAGAACUCGCAAGUGGUUCAACUACGUUCAUUUUCGACGGGCAUACACAAAGUGGACACUGUUGUCAACUACAAGAUGACCACCUAAAACUUUUUGAUCUUAAACGCCUAUUUUAUAUUUAUUUACUAUUUAUAAACUUUACUUUAUAUUUUUUUUAUUACU